AUGAAGACUUCAGCCAGACCCCGGGACAUUGGCGGUAGCUUUGCCAGCAGACGACAUGGUCCCCAACUCUCGAUAAGUGAUACCAACCACCACGUCACGGAAGCAAUCGGCGAUAUGUAUGGCGACGAUGAUUACUCGAAACGCGACUCGCGACCUCUAAGUUUUGUGACCUCACCGUUGACCGAAUCCAUCGAAAGCGGAGCUGCAUAUGGAGAAUCGAACCAGAACUCUAGGACGCGGCCAGGACCGAGUACGAAUGGCAGCCCGGGGAUGAAAGCACAUACAUCACCUGGCUUGAUACAGAGUCCGAGAAGCAGUUCGUUUGAUAAAAGCCCAAUAUCGCCCUCACUCUCUCUUCGAGAUCGAAGUACGACCGACCCGGCGAGUGCGCAAUUCCCGCUCAACGAUAUCGACUAUGAAUCGAAUCCGGCUGCAGUUGCGAAGGAACUCAGCAAUCUACAAGCAUUACGGCGGAUGUCGAUGGAUGUAGGUAAUACAAGCGAUCCGGAUUUACCAUCAUUUCAGGGCGUUGCCUUGAUGCCCUCCAUUGCUCCAACAGGUAACGAUGAUGAAGAUGAUCCAUCGAGAUUAUUUUGGGUUCCAGCUAGGGUCCAUCCUGAGCUUGCCCCUAUGGAAUUCAAAAACUUCCUGGAAAAUAGAGUGCAGUCGAUCAAAAGACGUUCUGGUGAUCAAACAUCUUUGUCGCCAGAUGGGCUUGAAAGAAGCGACUCAGGGGGCAGUUUACGGCGGAAGAAGUCUAUGUUAUCUCGACAGAUUGAUAACGAUGGUGGCCGAGGGGCAGUUGGAUACAAAGAUGGAGCCGAACAAAUACAAAGGAAGAAGUCUCUCUCAACGGACCAGGCGCUGGAUUUGAAGAUUGCAGAUUUACAAGAAUUGGAUGCGCUAGCUAGAGAUCCAUCAAAGGCUAUGCAGGAACUGAGCCUCGACAAGGGAAAUCGACAGGGACCUAAUGCAGAAGUUAGCUCGAUAGAGGACAGGCCAAUAUUACCACAAGCACCUGGAAUAGGAUUGAGGAGGUCUACACACACAACGUACCGGAGAGGAAGUCUAAGGAAGGGCGAAAGAGUACCCUUUUCUAAAAGAGCUGGAUCAUUACGGGGAGAUACAGAUGGGGAAGAGUCCCCAGUGUCUUCGCCAAUCGAUGGACGUCCACCGAUAGGACAUUCUCUUACAAAAGUUCAAUCUGAGCCCAUUUCCACCGAGAACUUCUCUCGGCCAAAUCGCGGGGCCCGUCGAUUACAAAACUUGCAACAGAGCGGUCCAACAGCUGCAAGUACAGAUAGUAAUUCCCUAGAAGGGCUUGGAAUACGUGAUGCCGGCACAGAAAACCGCGAAACCUCUACCCAACCAUUUCAGCAAAGUACACCCCCAAAUACUACUAGUCACUCCAGAAAUGAUUCGCCUGUUCCCCGGAUCGUUGAAACCCCACCGCCUUCAGAAGAGCCUACAGAAGUUCCCACGCCAGCACCUCAAUUUCCCGAGAGAUCAUCUUCACAGACGGCCUCCAAACCUCUGCAAAAGCAAACUGUUCCUGAACCUCCUGCAAAAUCUAGUAGGCGGCCUGGUAUGGAUCGCCAUAACUCUGGUACCGCCCAAACAGUGCCCAGGAGUUCCGCUCCAUCGCACACUCUAAAUGAAAUGGCACAGCAUCCUUCACCACUCCCAGGAAAUACAUCAAGGACCGAUACUCUCACUUUCAUUCCAACUCUUGAGGAAAAGAAGCCCGAGAAGAAAUCUAAGAAAGACAAGGAUGACUCUGAGCAUUCUGGAUCAAGGAAGACAAGCUGGGGUUGGUUCAAGGGAAGUGAUGAGAAGGAGAAGAAAGACAAGAAAAAGGAUGACGAUCACAAGGAGAGCAAACGGGGAAAGGCAAAAGCUGCCGACAAUGCUCGCUUGGAUGUUCUGCAAUCUACCCUCGAUACUGUCACUCCCCGAGGACGAGAGAGCUUAUUAUUAGACCGCGAUAGUGUUGAGAACAAAUUACAAGACGAGAGAAAGAAGGAGAGUAGCCGUAAGUCUGGCGGUGAAACAAAGAAGGAGAAAGACGGUCUCUUUUCCUCCUUCUUUGGUGGCGGCAAGAAAAAGAGUGAUCGUGACUCGGGCGGCAAGAAAGGUAGUUCGCUGCGAACACUCUCACCAGAUCCUCCUCACCGCGAGCUCAAGCCCGAUAUUGAUUACAACUGGACAAGAUUCUCGAUACUGGAAGAAAGAGCCAUAUAUCGGAUGGCUCACAUAAAAUUAGCGAACCCACGGCGAGCAUUAUACAGCCAAGUUCUCCUCAGCAAUUUCAUGUACUCGUAUUUGGCCAAGGUACAGCAGAUGCAUCCGCAAAUGCAAAUUCCUCAGUCAGCACUGCAAAAGAAACAAGAUGCAGAGCGACGACAGAAGGAGCAAGAACAACGAGAGGAACAACAGCGUCAGGAUGGUGAGGAGCAAUACCGAUACGAUUAUCAUCGCGGCAUCGCACAAUAUGCCGAACCGGCACAGAAUACGCCUCCUGAGAGUGGAGUGAAUUAUGUAGAUGAUUCUCAGAUUUACGACUACGAUCAUCAAAAUGAUGGCUCUCAUAGCCAAAGCUCGAAUCGGCCCCAAUCUCGAGCUGCUCAGCACGAUACCGAGAACGGAUACGAUGAUCAAGUACAGUAUUCCCGACAAGGGAAAGACUAUUAUCCCUACGGACGCUCGGAACCCCAUGAAGGCAAGGAAGAAGAAGAUGAUGAUGACAUGUGGUGA